UUUUUUUUAAAAUUUUCGUCGUCUAUAUAUUGUAUUCCUUUACUCCCCCUCCUCUAGUGCUGUCCUCCUUACUUCAACUUCUCCUUCUAAAUCCCAACCUCUCCGGCAAAAUCUCCCCGACGACGGCGACCAUGGACGAAUCAUGGCGGAUGAGAAUGGGAAUGAACAUCCCUCGUCGAAGAUCCACCGAAGAAACCUCAUCAGAUCGCAUGAGACGAUCCAUUUUCGGUCUCGAAGCAUCUGCCGAUUCCUCACAAACCUUAAAGCCUGAAGACUUCCAAGACGUCUUCGGAGGUCCACCUCGCAGCAUUCUUUUCCGUCAAUUCUCGGGUGAAUUGACGGCUGCUGCUAACAGGUCGGGGACUUCGGAGUCUUUCUACGAAGAGAUUUUCCGGUCGCCGGAAUCUUAUGUUCCGGAUAGGUUCGGUAGAAACCUUCCGGUGUUCAGAAUUCCGUCGUCUCGUCGAGGAGCAGUAGGAGGUUUCAGGAGAAGCGAUGGAUUUUAUGAUGACAUAUUUGGAUCGGACGAUGAUCGGAGGACAAGAUCGCGAUCGAAGUCGGAAUCAAAAUCAAAGUCGAAGUCGAAAUCGAAGUCGAAAUCGAAUUCUUCGUCGGUGUUGAGUUCGGAGGAUUUGAGUCCUCUUCGUCCUCCCAUUGCAGAGGACGUUGGCUUCUCUUCCUUCGCAUCCAAGCUCAGAAAAAAGGUAGGGGGAGGAGGACAGAGCCAGCGACAACGUCAGAGCUCCCUAUGUUUCUCUCUUCUCCACCAAAUAAGGCCGAUCAAUGUUCCUUGUAGAUGGAAUUCAUUGUCAGCGACACCUGAAGAACAGCAGAAGAGACCUGGGAUUUCAGCAAUUCCAUGCAACCGUGUUUCUUACAUGGACUUCCAAUUGACAGACAACAUCUCCCACGAGAGUUUCAGAAGCACCCACUUCGGAUUUUCAAGACGGGUUCCAUCACCAGAAUCCAUUAAUGUAGAACCCAUUCCGUACCAAAGAACUAAGAUGUCAGUAGAUAAUGUAGAAGACAUUGAUUCUCCUCACUCUGCAAUCUCUUCACUUUGUCGAGAAACAGAGGCAAAACCCAACAUUCAGGGUAAAGAAUUGGACGACCAAGAAGAAGAUGAAGUUAUGAGCUCUUAUGUUAUUGAGAUCACUUCAAACAAGAUGGAAGCAACAGAUGGGGUAGUGGAUGAAGCAAUUGCAUGGGCCAAAGAGAAGUUUUUGACUCAUAGCUUAGAGGAGUUGGAACGAUGUGAUCAGAAUAACAGAGACCACAAUUCAGAAAAAGAAGAAAGGCGUAUCAAAUUGGACCAACGAAUGGAUCCAGCUGAAAGAAUGCAAUUCCUUACGGCCCUUGAAGGACCGAAGGAGUGGACAAUGGGUGAGAGAAAACUACCGUCAGAAAAAGAUGAGCAGCAUAUUCAGUGCACGAGGCUGCCAUUACAGGAUCUAAGGAAGGUCAUAUUUACAUAAGUCUUACCCCAGCUUCGUGGAGGGGCUGUUUCUUAACUCAAACCCCCCCCCCCCCCCCCACUAGGUUGCUAUGAAACAAUCUUACUCUUGUAUCGAGGCCUGUUCUAUUUUAAUAAAAUAAUUUGUGAUUAUUCUUA